AAAAAUAAAUAAUAAAUAAAAAUCUACGAACUCCAGAGAAACCUUGGGCAUCUCGACCGAAAGUGUAUAGCUGAGAGUAGCAAAGACAACCCAGCCGGAGGAAGUAAGCUCCACUGCGGCGUGGUUGUUCGUGAUUCUCGCAUCUGUCACUUAGGGUCAAGGCUUGGGUCUCACCCCUCAGACCGACCCUUGGGACGACCAGCCCCCAGAGCAACUAUGAACUUGGAGCGGGUGUCCAAUGAGGAGAAGUUGAACCUGUGCCGGAAAUACUACCUGGGUGGGUUUGCUUUCCUGCCUUUUCUCUGGUUGGUUAACAUCUUCUGGUUCUUCCGAGAGGCCUUCCUUGUCCCAGCUUACACAGAGCAGAGCCAAAUCAAAGGCUAUGUCUGGCGCUCAGCUGUGGGCUUCCUCUUCUGGGUGAUUGUGCUCACCACAUGGAUCACCAUCUUCCAGAUCUACAGGCCCCGCUGGGGUGCCCUAGGGGACUACCUCUCCUUCACCAUACCCCUGGGGACCCCCUAACAUUUUGCACUGGCUGGGGAACCUUAUUCUCCCAGGAUAGGCUCUUUUGCCCUAAGACUUAUUCCCAUGUCCUGUUUUCUGCUGACAUCCCCCAAUAAAGGACUUUAACUUCUGA